AUGUGGAGGUCUGGACAGGGUCAGACGUCUGGGGGCCGGCUGGGCUACAUCAUAGAAACAGAUGACUCGGCGCCCUGGUCGGGAGCCAUCGGUACCAGAGGAGCGGCCAUUUUUUUUAGCAAGCAGCCAUCCUCUCAGGACGCUUUACACGGCAGGAGCGCCUUCCUGCGCUGCGAGGUGGGAGACCCCUCGGAGGUGGAGUUUGAAUGGUUACACAAUGGAGCCCCCUUGAUAGACACGGAGCGCCGAUACCACGAGGGGGGCAGCCUGACAAUCACAGCCGUGGACAGGAGACUGGAUGGUGGGAGCUUCCAGUGCGUGGUGAGGAAUCCGAGGACCGGAGAGGAAGGGCGCAGUGUCAAUGCUUCCUUCAAUAUUAAAUGGAUCGAGAGCGGAGCGGUGUCCUUGCAGAACCCGGGCAGCAUUGCUGAUAUCCAGAGCCUGUCCCCGGUCACUUUGCGCUGUCACAUUGACGGUCACCCGCGCCCGCUAUGUCAGUGGUACAGAGACUCCACGUCACUGACAGACGAUGGCCAGUCCUAUUCCAUCAAUAACAAGGAGCGCAGUCUGACCAUACAAAGCGCGGGGCCCGAUGACAGCGGCGAGUAUUACUGCUGUGCCAACAAUGCCGCCGGAGCCGUCUGCAGCAACCGCAACUUCACACUCAACAUCAUCGAUGAAAGUUUUCCUCAAGCUGAGGUCACUCCGGAAGAUCAGAUUGUCAGUAAGAACGAAUCCGCCAUUUUCCACUGUAGAUUCAGCGCUGUGCCGCCUCCUGUACUGGAAUGGUUCUUCAAAGACAACAGCUCGCUCGUGAACAAGACACGGGUCACAGUCUUCCAGAAUGGCUCCCUUCUCAUCAGCUCUGUGGGUGUCCGGAAUACCGGCACCUAUCGUUGUGUGGGCACCGGACAACGGGGCAAGAAACUCGCUCUGCAAGCAAAGCUUAGCCUGGCCAAAAUCGAGGAUAUGCCCCCCUUGUCUCCCCGUAUUCUCACUGCAAGAACGUUGCAGCACAUCGCCUGCAGGCAGCCAGACGGACUGCCGCCCCCUACUGUGUGGUGGACGAGGAGCGGGAAGCGGAUUCCGGAGCAGGGCAGGGUGUACCGGACUGGGAGAGAAUUGGUUUUCAGCCCCAUAAUGGAGGAGGAUACCGGCGUGUACACUUGCCACGCUGCAAACAAGGCGGGCGAGAGGCGACAGGAUGUGGAAAUCACUGUGGCAACGUUUCCUGAGUGGGUGGAGAAGCCUCAGGACACGGCGAUGGAUGAGGGGAGAUCCGGAUUCCUGCACUGCGUCAGUAAAGCAUCUCUGCAGCCGAGCAUCACCUGGUACCGCAACGAAAACCCCAUUCCGUCAACCAGCGAGGUGCGGGAAUCCCGAUUCGAGGUCUUCCAGAACGGGACACUAAAAAUCCUGAGUGUGGACGUGUACGAUGGGACCGUGUACAAGUGUGUGAGCAGCACGCCCGCUGGCAGCCUCGAGGCUUCUGCCCGUGUCACCGUACUGGAGAAACUGAAGUUUACUCCUCCCCCCCAAUCGCAGUGCUUGGAGCUGAGUAAAGAGGUGACCGUCCUCUGUUCUGCAACGGGGCGAGAGAAACCCACAAUCCACUGGGCGAGAGCAGAUGGGAGCAGCUUACCCCCUCAUGUGGUUUCUGAGGCCGGUCUCCUGCGCUUUCACCGGGUCACCCGGAGCGAUGCCGGGAAUUACACGUGCAUUGCCUCGAACAGCCAGCAGGGGGAGAUCAAAGCCUCGGUGUACCUCUCUGUAGCAGUCUUCAUCAGCUUCCGUAUCGUGCCGGAGAACACCACGGUCUACCAGGGGAACACGGCCAUCCUGCACUGCCAGGCCACCGCGGACCCCACGCCGCACAUUCAGUGGAAAGGACGGGUAGGAUUGUUAGACGGCACCAAACCACAUCAGAGAAUCCAGGUCAUGCCGAACGGCUCUCUUGUAGUUUAUCAUGUGUCCAACGAGGACUCCGGGCAGUACACCUGUAUUGCCGGCAACGCCUGUAACAUCAUGCACCGCGAUACCUUCCUCUAUGUCGUAGAAAAGCCGGUGGAGUCUCAGGAUCAGAUCUCCAACACCCCGUAUAAGAUGAUCCAGACAAUCGGCCUGUCGGUGGGCGCCGCCGUGUUGUACAUUAUUAUUGUCCUGGGGCUCAUGUUCUACUGCAAGAAACGCCGCAAAGCCAAGAGACUGGGCAAGAAGGACGGAGACGAGCCGGAAAUGGAGUGUCUGAAUGGUGGCGCCACACUACACAACGGACAGACCACCGCCGAGAUCCAGGAGGAGGUGCCGCUCACCACAUUGGCAAACAAGAGACUGAGCUCCGGAGAAAGAAUCAACUUCCCCCGAUCCAACCUCCAUCCCAUCACUACACUAGGCCGCGGUGAGUUUGGUGAAGUGUUCCUGGCGAAGGCUCAGGGCAUUGAUGCUGGCGGGAAAGAUGCCGUGGUCCUGGUAAAAACUUUGCAGACUCGUGAUGAACAGCUACAGAUGGACUUCAGACGGGAAAUGGACAUGUUUGCAAAACUCAACCACGCCAACGUGGUGCGAUUGCUUGGCCAGUGCCGCGAGGUGGAGCCACAUUACAUGAUUCUGGAAUAUGUGGACUUGGGAGAUCUCAAACAGUUUCUACGAAUCUCAAAGAGCAAAGAUGAAAAGUCGAAGGGGCUGAGCACCCGGCACAAGGUGUCGCUGUGCUCGCAGAUAGCCCUGGGCAUGGAGCAUCUAUCCAACAAUCGCUUUGUGCACAAGGACUUGGCUGCUCGGAAUUGUCUGGUCAGCGCCCAGCGGGUGGUGAAAGUCUCUGCUCUGGGGCUGAACNNNNUCUUGCGCUGCAGCGAAUACUAUCACCUCCGGCAGGCCUGGGUUCCCUUACGCUGGAUGCCCCCGGAGGCCGUACAAGAAGACGACUUCUCCACCAAGUCGGACGUCUGGUCUUUUGGGGUGCUGAUGUGGGAAGUCUUCAGUUUGGGGGAGAUGCCCCAUGCCGCAAUGCCCGAUGACGAGGUGCUGGCCGGUUUACAGAGCGCUCCCGCUCCCUUGAAGCUCCCGGCCCCGGAGAACUGCUCUUCGCGCUUCUACAAGCUGAUGCAGCGCUGCUGGGCCUCGAGCCCCAAAGAUCGCCCUUCCUUUAGUGACAUUGUCAAUACGCUCGGCGAUGCCCCUGCGGACAGCAAGGUGUGAGACUGGCCGAGGUGGGGGGAAGGGAGGGGGGCCCAGAGAGAGAGAA